ACACCGUUCAACUAUAAACUUUUCAAUAAUGGAGGGAAAAGGGAAUUCCGCCAUUUUGAAAGCAUUCAUUUGUGCCAAAGAGGCGGGACUGAGCAGUUCUGUUUUCAAAAUGAAUUGGAAUUUUACAUCUUUAUUUAUUUUCUUUUCUGUGAGUGUCUGUGCGGCCAGUUACCAUGAACAGUAUAGAGUGCCCAAAACAUGUACGGACAAGUGGGAGUCGUACGUGUUUAAUGAUAUGGAAUACGUGGUUCAAAAUCUGCCUGUAAAUUGGGAAAACGCCAAAAUUCUCUGUCGAGGUCACCACAAUGGAUCCCUUGCAGUAUUAGACACAAAGGAAAAAGCUGAAUUCUUGGCCGAAGCUCUUUCUGAGUCCCAGCUUUCUAUAGAGUCAGUAUGGGUGGGCGCCCGGAGGGGCUCCGCUGACGACCCGGCGGGCUACCGCUGGGGGCAAGGCCUGGAGUUGAGAAGGACUGCUGCUGAUGUCUACUCGGAGGCUGGCUUGGAUGAUCACUACCCUGCGUGGCUGAACCGCACCAGGGUCCCGGUACCAGAGGGUGGAGCAGACUGCGUGGCCCGUCUUCGUGGACUUGCCCUGCCAGAUACUGAGGCUUCGCACUCCUUAUGUGCCUCUCACUGGUUCACAUUCUGGCUGAACCGCACCAGGGUCCCGGUUCCAGAAGGCGGCGCGGACUGCGUGGCGCUGGAGCGUGCGCGCCACGACCGGCCCGUCUUCGUGGACUUACCCUGCCAGAUACUGAGGCCCUUCGCUUGUGAGAGAGGAUGGCUGAACCGCACCAGGGUGCCGGUACCAGAGGGUGGCGCGGACUGCGUGGCGCUGGAACGCGCGCGCCACGACCGGCCCGUCUUCGUGGACUUGCCCUGCCAGAUACUGAGACCCUUCGCUUGCGAGAGAGGACCGGCACUCCUCAUGUGUCCCUCUCACUGA